AUGUCAGAUACUCCGGAGGCGUUCCUAAAAGCCUAUCGAGCUAUCCAUUAUGUUUAUCCUCCACUCCUUCUUAUCUUCUUCGUUAGUCUGCAAACAAUCACUUGUUGCACUCUGCAGAACCUGAAGCCUUCCAAGGGAGUAAUUCGAAGAAAUUUGAUGUUGUUUCUCCAAACUGCUGCAAUUGCAACCUAUGUGGGUCAAACUUCGGUGUUCUUGAAAGCUUCCUCUGUGGAUGGGUUUGUUGUGGCUAACGAUCUGGUCCUCUAUGUUCUUUCUUCAGUUGUGAUUUGGGGUGUGAUUGAGCUGUGCCUGGUUGACAACAAUAGCCCUGUCUGGUACCCCUACUAUGGGUCAUGGAUCCUAUCUUUGAUUGCCGAAUUGUGCCUUCUAGCGCUCCCGAACGACGACCCAGGCCAGAAAAGUGGGUUCCGUAAGGCUAAGAUCUCUGUCGAGAUAAUUAGGGUUUUCUUUCUGUUUGCAUUGCCCGCUUCAUACUGGGGCUUCCAACGGAGUGACAACCAGAAGAGCUUCUGCGAAGACGAGGAAUCAGCUGGGCUAUUGACUGCAAGUAAUGCGGUGAAUGAAACAUCCAACGGUACCUCUUACGGGGCUACUGGUGGCGGUAAUAAUAAUACCCCAGAAAACGCGGCAAACACAGAGGCGAACGCAAGAAUGAUGAAGAAGAUCGAAGAGAGCGGUAAUUGGUGGGUUUAUGCCAAGUCUUUCUCUAUACUUUGGAAAUAUCUUUGGCCGAGUGAGGACAGAAGGCUCCAGGCAUCUAUGGUUAUGGUUGCGUUCUGUCUUCUAGCUGAGCGUGGCCUAAACGCCCUAGUGCCCCAUCAACUUGGUGUUGUAACGAAUUCCUUGAGUAUAGGAAAUGGUAGAGCCAUACCGUGGUUGCAGGUUUCCAUCUAUGUUAUUUUCCGUUGGUUGGAUUCUGGUUCUGGAAUUCCUGCUCUCCACAGAUAUCUUUGGAUACCAGUGGACCAAUACGCCAGCCGCUCAAUCACCACUGCCGCGUAUAAUCAUGUUAUGUCGCUCUCUCACGAUUUUCACACCAAUAAGAAAAGUGUGGAGAUAUAUAGUUCGGUCAGGCAAGGGCGCUCAGUUAACGGCUUUAUUGAAUCUGUAUUAUUUGCCGUCUUACCUAUGCUUGCAGAUCUCUGCAUUGCGUUCGCAUACUUUUAUUAUAUGUUUAAUGCCUACAUGGCGUUGAUUGUAGCUGUUGUGUCGAUUGUUUAUCUCUAUGCUACCGCAAAAUUGGGAGCUACGAAAAACCAGAUUAGGAGAGAUUACAACACGGCGAGGAUUGAAGAGGCAAACGUUAUGUGCGAGACCAUGUCGAGUUGGACAACAGUGAGCUACUUCAACCGCAUUGAGUAUGAACAAGACCGAUAUUGGGGAGCUAUUAAGAAUUACCAAAAAGCCGAGCUUAACUAUGUUCUGGGCAUUACAUUUCUGGGAGUUAGUCAAAGCCUUAUAUUUACGGUUGGUCUGCUAGGCGCCAGUUUUCUCGCGGUUUAUGAGGUUUCGAGGGGAAACAAACCUGUGGGAAGUUUCGUUACCUUGCUCUCGUACUGGGCCCAGCUUGGCUCCCCAUUAGCAUUCUUCGCCAACUUUUAUCGUAAGAUCCAAACCCAAAUGUUGGAUGCAGAGCGCCUGCUCGAGCUUUUCCAGAGGAAGCCUUCUGUCGUCGAUAAACCCGGUGCGCAAGAAUUCCAGCUUAAAUCUGGAGAGAUUGAAUUUAAUGACGUCUGCUUCGCAUACGACCCUAGGAAGCCUGCUAUUAACAAUAUGAGUUUUAGAGUACCUGGUGGCUCGACAGUAGCGCUGGUAGGAGAGACUGGCGGAGGCAAAACUACAUGUCUGAAGUUGUUAUUCAGGUUUUUUGACGUUAAUUCUGGGUCCAUAACGAUCGACGACCAGGAUAUCAGAGAUGUCACUCUGUGGAGUUUGAGAGAAAAUAUGGGCGUUGUUCCUCAAGACCCCCAACUCUUCAACGACACAUUGAUGAUGAACCUCAAGUAUGCAAAUUUCGAUGCCACUGAUGAACAGGUUUAUGCUGCCUGUCGCGCAGCAGCUAUCCACAAUAAGAUUCUGGGCUUUCCAGACGGCUAUUUGACAAAGGUUGGAGAGCAUGGUGUGAAGCUCUCGGGCGGUGAACUUCAGAGGGUAAUUGCUAUCGCAAGAGCAAUUCUAAAGAAUCCGAAGAUAGUUUUACUGGACGAAGCGACUAGUAUGGUUGAUAUGGAAACAGAGCGCUCGAUACAACGCGCGUUUCGCGAGCUCGCAUCCAACCGUACGAUGUUUGUUAUUGCUCACCGACUCUCGACAAUCAUGAACGCGAAUCUCAUAAUUGUGAUCAAGGAUGGCGAAAUUGUUGAAAAGGGCAGUCAUGAAGAGCUCAUCAGCGCUGGGGGCAAGUACUUCCAGCUGUGGUCGAAGCAACUCAAAAAUGAGCAACCGAAGUCUUCUCCGGGAAGGCCGACGGAGUUAAAUUAUGUCAAUGAUCUUAGUCCUAUAUCCCGAGAGCAGGAACUCAAGAAAGUAUCGGGGGAGUUGGGCACAAUGUCCCACCAAAACCCCAACCUUGACAACCACCCAAAACCCAAAACAGAAGGUGCCAACCUUGCGGCCAAUGAUUUUUAUAUUCCAAUUCUGGUUCCGGAAAAUGGAGAGGGUCUGUCGAAUUCACAGAGUGGUCUUGACAAAGAUAAUAUUUCGAAAUCGCUCAGCAACCGCCAGAAUUUUGUUGCCUUCGCUGCUGAGUUGCCAGGGUCUGAUAUUCAGGGUGAGGCUAGAGUCUCAAGUACCCAUGGAAUAUUGAGAAAUUUCGGAUCAGUCAAAAAUCCAGAAAAGCAGCACAUGCAGUUGCCGCGCCAGGACACCCCCAGGACACCGUCAUCUCUGAAACCUGAUGCCCAAGAAUUUAUACCCAAUGAACCCACUUCCAAUGGAUACGCCCACCAGAGCAUCUCCUCGGACGGCGCCCCAGUUGGCAAUAGCACUGGCUGUCCUUUAGUAUCAAGAGAGUCAAAGAAUGAGGUUAUGAUGAAUGCACUGACUGACGUGAUACCUUUUAGUGACCAAUCUGGGAAUGGAGAGGCAGGGAACGGGGGUGAUGUGCAUGAUCAGAAUGGUGUUGGGGAGGAUAGGAUCCAGGCUCUUCAGGAGAAGAUAGGUGUGGUUUUAAAGUUUUCAGAAGCAAAAGUGAAAGAAAUGGAGGAAAGGAGAGCAUCUCAGAUGUUACCGGUGAAAGAGAAGGGUCCGGGUACAUCAGAAGCCCCAAAAAGCUGCAUUGCUAUGCCAAACGGUAAUGAUGGGGGUAAUCAAUGUGCUGUUGACACCGAGAAUUCUCCCAUGUCUCCAACGGGGUACCGCGGCGGACUCCUACCCGAACCCAAGAAGAAACGACGACGAAACCGGCGCAGAAGCAACAAAUCGAAGUCCACAGAAGAGAGUGAUAGUAUAGCUAAUGGUGGAUCCCAUGAAAAAGCUCAGGGGGCUCCCUUAAGUGAAUCUCCAAGCUUGCCUUCAAUGAAAAACACUUCCCUCCACCAUUGUGUUGGAGAGGAGUUUCCUCCGGCUCUUGGUGGCAAUAGCUCAAUCGAUAAGAAACAGAAACGUCGCUGCCUUGACGGGCCGAAAACAUCGAAUCCAAAGUCCGAAGUGGAAAGGGCGGUAACUUCUCUCUCCACUCUGGGGCGGAUGAUUUCCGGCGAGGGGCUUCCGGGGAAAGUUAGAGGAAAGAAUGGAAUAAGUUCUGCGGGCGAGAGCAAUCUCCGAGGUGCCCUAAAGGAGGACCUCAGACCAAAAUCGGGCGAUGGGGAAUACAUUGUUUCCCCACCGAACCCUGUAGAACACCCGACGCCAAUUAGUUCAGUUGCCAAUAGAAACACAUUGCGUGAGCAGAAUCGGCGCAGGAGUUGGGGAAAGUCGACUGCCCUUAAAGGGAGCUGGAGGCGGUCGGACAGAGAUGGCCGUGAUGAGGGUGUUGAUGCCACUCAGGGCGCAGGUUUGACGGAUGGCGCCUCGGCCCAUUCCCGGUGA